GAAAAACAAAGUGAGUGGGCAAUGACUUCCGUAACGAUGAUAACAUAAAGGCUCAGACACAGCACAGCACAAAAAGGCUCAGACUUUCAGACACGCUACACCAUUCACCACCAAACAUUAGCCAGAUGGAAAGCACAGUGGCUGUGGAAGAAGUCAUCUACACAUUGUUUGAGGUGCUUAUUGCUGUUAGCUGCUGUCUUGGUAACAUGUUGGUUAUUUUGGCACUGUGGACCAGUAAAAGCAUUCAACAGCCCACCUUCUACCUUGUUGUCAGUCUGGCUGUGGCUGACUUUAUGGUUGGCUGCGUGGCCAUACCGCUGGCUGUGGUAGUUGACGGACGAGUGAAGACUUCUUUCUACAGCUGUCUUUUCAUCAGCUGUGUGACCAUCCUGUUGACCCUAGCCUCAGUUUUGUCUCUUGCGGCUAUUGCUGUGGACCGCUUCCUCCGGGUGUAUGUCCCCCUCAGGUACAAAAGGACUGUAACACGGAGACAUUGUUGGCUUGCUGUAGCAGCAUGUUGGCUUGUUGCAAUACCACUGAGCUUUGCUCCAACGCUUGGAUGGUACAAACAUGAAACCUGGUCUAAGUCAGUUAACGCUACUAUUGUUUGCAGGUUUAUAGAUGUGAUCCCCAUGUCAUACCUGGUUUACUUUAGAUUCUUUGUUUGUGCCCUGAUACCUCUGUUGGUGAUGACUGUAUUGUACGGCCACAUUUUCUGGACAAUCCGAGGAAACCUUCGAGAGAAACCAGGCAACGAUGCCCAAGAACGGUCUCAGAUCUACCUAAAGAAAGAGAAACAGCUGGCAGGAUCUCUGUUUCUGGUCUUGGCUCUAUUUGCCAUGUCCUGGCUCCCACUCCACAUUAUGGACUGCAUAUUUUACUUUGGUGGACCAGAUUAUCUACCAGUAAAAGCUUUCCAUGUUGGCAUCCUGCUUUCUCAUGCUAACUCAGCUGUAAACCCACUUGUGUAUGCGUUCAAAAUACAAAAGAUCAAGACAGCCUACCUGAAGCUGUGGAGACGGUACAUUGCAUGUGGAGAAGAAAUUCAAGUAUCUCAGACAACCCAGUCGAUUGACAACAGUCUCGAUAGGGUGGCCAACAAUGAGUAA